GCGACAGGGAGGGGGUGGUUCCCAUUCGACCGCGGAGCCGGAUGUUUGCCUGUCUUUGACAGGCGUGGCGGAGGGAGCGGUGCCCCACCACGGGUUCUCUUCAGGUUCUGCAGCGUGAAGCUGUGGGGCAGAGGCUUGGCCAUGGACCCACUCUCAGAGCUGCAGGACGACCUGACUUUGGAUGACACCAGCCAGGCUCUGAACCAGCUGAAGCUAGCCUCCAUUGAUGAGAAAAACUGGCCCUCAGACGAAAUGCCCGACUUUCCCAAGUCAGAUGACUCCAAAAGCAGCUCCCCGGAACCUGUCACACACCUGAAGUGGGAUGACCCUUACUACGACAUUGCCCGGCACCAGAUUGUGGAGGUGGCAGGAGAUGACAAGUAUGGGCGGAAGAUCAUUGUGUUUAGUGCCUGCCGAAUGCCCCCGAGCCACCAGCUGGACCAUAGCAAGCUCCUGGGGUACCUGAAGCACACCCUGGACCAGUAUGUGGAGAGCGACUACACGCUGCUCUACCUGCACCACGGCCUGACCAGCGACAACAAGCCCUCCCUCAGCUGGCUCCGGGACGCCUACCGGGAGUUUGACCGCAAGUACAAGAAGAAUAUCAAGGCUCUGUACAUCGUGCACCCCACCAUGUUCAUCAAGACCCUGCUCAUCCUCUUCAAGCCCAUCAUUAGCUUCAAGUUUGGGCAGAAGAUCUUCUAUGUGAAUUACCUGAGUGAGCUGAGCGAGCAUGUGAAGCUGGAGCAACUGGGGAUCCCUCGCCAAGUGCUCAAGUAUGAUGACUUCCUCAAAUCCACCCAGAAGAGCCCUGCGACAGCCCCCAAGCCCAUGCCACCACGGCCCCCUCUGCCCAACCAGCAGUUCGGGGUCUCGUUGCAGCACCUCCGGGAGAAGAACCCAGAGCAGGAGCCCAUUCCGCUCGUGCUGCGGGAGACCGUUGCCUACCUACAGGCCCACGCUCUCACCACUGAGGGGAUUUUCCGGAGGUCAGCCAACACCCAAGUUGUUCGGGAAGUGCAACAGAAGUACAACAUGGGGCUGCCUGUGGACUUCCACCAGUACAAUGAGUUGCACCUGCCAGCGGUCAUUCUCAAGACCUUCCUCCGGGAGCUUCCUGAGCCCCUGCUCACCUUUGACCUCUACUCCCACGUUGUGGGCUUCCUCAACAUUGACGAGAGCCAGAGAGUGGAGGCGACGCUGCAGGCCUUCCAGAUGCUGCCUGAGGAGAACUACCUGGUGCUGCGCUUCCUCACUGCCUUCCUGGUGCAGAUUUCUGCCCUCUGUGACCAGAACAAGAUGACCAACACUAACCUGGCUGUUGUCUUCGGCCCUAACCUGCUGUGGGCCAAGGAUGCUGCCAUCACCCUCAAGGCCAUUAAUCCCAUCAAUACCUUCACUAAGUUCCUCCUGGAUCAUCAAGGGGAGUUGUUUCAGCCCUGACUCCAAGGGGCUCUGAGCCCAGCCCCUGCCCCACCCGCCCCCUUCUCUGAUAGCCCCGGUUUGGACUCUUCCUCUUGGCUUCAGCCUUACGGGAGCCCAGGGCUCCUGCCCAGAAAGGGGCUGUGAGCCCCCUGGAGACAGAAGCUGGAGCCAGCCAACUGGACAGCUCCUCCUCCCCUUCUGUCCAGCCCACCUCACCAGCCCUGGAGGCCUCGCUGUAACCACAAGACGUUUUUCUUCGCCUUAUACUUCUCACUGCCUCUUUGGAUCCCUGGCUCCUGCCGGGCUCUGCAGAGCUGGCCUUGGCUCUUCAGGCAGGAGGACUGGCCCCAGCAACCGCUUGCUUACCUGCUUUCUCCUGCCUCUUCCCCUGGCAACUGGAGAUGCCAAAAUCACUGCCGGCUGGGCUGGUAGCUGGGGCUGGUCCUCCCCUUCCUGACUGCUGGGGAAUGAAAGGCUGAGCUGGCCUGGGCUGGCCCUGCUGAGACUCCUCCCUGUCUGGAUGAAGGCCUGUUCCUGUCCUCCCCUCUGAUGGCUCAGCCUCUGGUACUUCCACAGUUAACGAAUGACAGCCUGGAGUCCUGUGUCUGCCUUCUCUUCCACACAUCCUGGGUCAGCCUUUCCCAAGUGGUACUGCCCCCAGGGUGUCUUAGCCCCCUGGUUCUGCCAGGACUGGCAGCUUGGAUGACAGGGCUGAGUCCCAGCAUCCAUUCAAAAUAGACACCCCACUCUCACCCCUGAGAGCCCCCUAGUGUCUGGUCAGACCACUGACAAGCAGUCCCCGCCCACUCCACCCCCCAUGCCUUGCCUCCCCUCCCUUCCUACUUGGACAGAUCCUUAGCCACGUCUGUUGUGGAGUCACACUGGUCCCUGCUCUGGCCAGGGGUGACUCAGUGCCUCAGGAUCUGGGGUGGCUCCUUCCUCCAGUUUUGGACUCCUGGAGGGGCUGGGUAGAGACUUUGCUAAUUAGAUUGGCCCCUGCCAGGUAAGUUCUAGCAACCUCCCCCUGGACCCUGAUGAUGAUGGAUAUCCCUCUUUCCAGCUGUCCCUUCCUGGUGAACCACCUUCCUGCAGCCUUGGCCAGAGCCUGUACUGUGGCGGUCCUCACUGACCAGUCCUGCCCCAUCUGUGAGCUGGGUGUGGCCUGGGCCUGACCUCACUGGGCUCUUUUCCCAGGACACUAGCAUGUCAGGAGUCCCAAGGCCUGGUGUGGCUGCUGUCAGUCCCUGUGUCUCCAGGCCAGGCCCAGGCUUCUGCUUUCUGCCUUCCUUCCUUUGUAUCAGGUGUUGCUCAGAGCCCCAUUUACUGGGCAGCCUCGUGGAUCUAUUUGGUCUCUCCCCUGUCCACCCCGCAACUCGUCUUUACCUGGGGGUGGGGGGACUUGGUACUGUGAAUCAAGUGUUCACAUUCACAAUGACUUCCUUGGCACCAAUCAUGUAUUUCACCUUUGCACUUUUUAUAUUUCAAUAAAAAUGGAGAUGGAAAA